AUGCUCAUACAAGGACUAGGUCAGACGCAGUUUGACUCGUGGAAGUCAUUUCAUGCCUACUUUAAUAAGUACAUGGCGCAGACGUACCAGAUAUUUCGCUUCCGUACCAACAACAAGGUCCAGGAGCGCAACCGCAAGAUUAAGAAGCAGAAUGCCACAGCUCCUCUGAUCACAGAGGGGUGGAUCUGGUACAACAAGACCCUUGUAUGCACUCACGCUGGCAAGUGCAAGACGCACGGCAAAGGCAAGCGACCGCGUCAGGAAGUCCGAUCGACUGAGUGUUGUGCACAGGUAUGUAUUCUCUUCGUUUGGGCACAGAUGGGCAAAACAUUGGCGAGUUGGGCUCAGAUGGGGACACCUGAUGCUGGAUGGGCUCGGAUGGGCUUUGUUAAUGGCUCGGAUGAGCUUUGUUAA